GUGAGCAUUCAACUUGACACUGUGACAGUUGCUAUUUCUUGGAAUUUCACAUUCUCAAUGUUCUUUUUUGGCGUGUUUUCCCUUAUUACUUUACAAUCUCCUUGACCAGAGUCUCAGCAGCACACACGGAUCUUUGUACAGUACAAGUUCCAGGAAAUCAGUGCUGUAGAUUAGUCAUCAGUCGAGUGAAACUGUCCGUUUGGAAGCAGCGAAUAUGGCAAAGUCUCCAGAAGAAGUCGUUUUCGAGGGCUGGCUGACCAAGUCACCUCCAACGAAAAGGAUAUGGAGAGCGAAGUGGAGAAGAAGAUGGUUUUUGCUGACCCACUCGGGCAAUAUCCCUGGACAGUAUGUUCUCACCUACUACACAGAUAGAAACCGCAGGAAACUUAAGGGGGUGAUUGAUUUGGACCACUGCGAACAGGUGGACUUGGGGCUGAAGCUCGAAGAAAGGAAAUUGAAAUUCGACCAUAUAUUCGGCAUCAAAACACCCAAUCGUACUUACUACUUGGCAGCCGAUACCGAAGAGGAAAUGAAGUCUUGGGUGACGUGCAUUUGCAGGGUUUGUAGCCUUAAAUGUACCAAUGAAGAUGAAGAUGUUAAUAUACCAAUGAAUAGCACCAACAUCGAAAUAACAGAGGAAAAUGCCAAUCGGACUGGAGCAAUCGGGGCCACGCCACCCGUAUCGCCAGUUAGCACAAGCCCCUACAUCCCAAUCUCCGAAUGUAUAACCGGUAAAUCGCCCAUAUUCGACCUGAAAGACUUCAAGAGCCUUUUGGAAUACAACCAGAGGCACAGCAGUCGGUACACGGCUCAGAACGAUAUGUACGAGUUUCAUUCACAGAACAGCUACGUGAACCUGAGCCAAGAUCCGGGGCGCAACUAUGUGAACGAUGUCCAAGAUCCCCGCUUCUACGAUUGUCCGCGACAACUGACCCCGCAAAAGGGUGGCAGGCAGGACGUUGGGUCGCCGUUGCAAAGCCCUACAGCGUCCGACAAUGUAUUCAACGAUGAGGAAUGGGUGCAGCGUAAUGUCGAUUCAGACUUGUCAAGGCGAGUGAGUUCUUCUGUGGAUGAGUCAAUGGAUCCAGAUCCAGAGCCCGUUGCUGCGCAAAAAUUCAUCAGACUUGUUGAUGCCCCACAUACGCUACCGCCGCCACGACCUCCUAAGUCUUCCCAUGUUAAUACCGCUGCCUACUUGAACUUGGCUCCAACUCCCACCAAGAAAAGUAGGGGGAAUGAAAAUGAAGACCAGAGCGGACAGGUUGAAACAAAAGUAAUCAGUGACGAUAUGUACGAUUUUCCCCGCUCACACACAUAUGAAGCGGAAGCGAGCAAAGGGACACUGCAAAGGAGGCAUUGUUACAACAACGCGGCCCCUACCAAGUGCGCUGAAGGGACUGUGUUUCACUACGAUGUUUCGCCCAAGCCCAGCACGAGUUCCAUUACCUCUGUAUUCAGAUACGACCUGGAGGCCACUCAAAACUUGGAACCGUCUUCGCCUGCACAUUCGCACUCUUCUUCUACGGCGGCAUACUCCAAUCUGCCAAGUCCUUUGUUGUCGGAAUCGCAAUUAAUGCCCCCGCCAACAGUUAACAGGGACUUGAAACCUAGGAGAAAGCUGUCGGACACUCUUUCCACUUCUUCCUAUAAUGAGCCUCCAUCACCGAGGACUCUGGCGCCUUCAGUUGAUAGGAAGCUCAAACCUCCCACUCCAUUACAAGAGGCGAAUAUGAGGAAGUCGUUCCAUUUGUCAGAAGAGGAUGGGAUCAGGAAGAUUCGCGCUGCGCCUAGUCCCACGCCUCCUGGCCAAAUAGACGAUACGUAUCAAAACCAGGACAGCUACCAAUAUCUUUCGAACAGAAUGCAGUAUUUAGAUUUGGAUCUGGAAGGUGCGGCCUCAAACAGUGGGUCAAAAGUAUUGCCAAAAGCGAGCGAAACUGAUACCGUGUACAAAAAAGUGGACUUCAGGAAAACUGAGGCUUUCAACAUUACCAGAAACAACCUCGAAAAAGAACGACAAGAGCCUGUUACCACAUUUGCGAAAAAAUGAUCCAUUUAAGCUGGUUUUUCUAGUGGACUUUAUGCAUUUUGGCUCUUACACAAUACGCACAGGUACAAUAUGGAACAUGUCACAUUAAUUCAUAUUUUCCAGAUGUUUAGCGCACAAAUAAACCAGCUAAUCUCUGUCUUGGCAUUUUUCUAGUUAAAAUCACCUAUUUUGUGUGUGCCUUUUAGAUGUAUACAAAGUUAUUAUAUUAAAUAUAUGCAUUUUGCCAAA